UGAUGUAACUAAGGUCCUCCUCCCUGUUCUCAUGACAACCAGAUGGCUGUUCCUGCCCUGUGUACAUCGCUGUGAUUGAGUGGAGCCCCACAAUGGAAGGAAAGCGGGCACCGCCACGUGCCCUUCCGCCAAUGCCAAGCACAUUUCAGGAUGAAAUUCCCAUUGGUCGCCAAAAAAAGAAAAAGUCAAAGACAAGCAGUACACUGGACGAGGUUGUACAAGACACCGAUUUAAGGCCUUCUGAAAGCAGAGAACCUCUUACACCUGAAAGGCGAAGGAAGAAAAAGAAGAAACUGAUAGAUGCUGAAACUUCAUUUACCAAUCAAACUCUCAAUAGCUCACCAAUUGUGGAGAAUGGCAAUGGCACAGAUUACCCGCUUUCAGAGGAGGGGGCUGUUCGUAAACCUCGCCGGAGAGCAAAAAAAACACGACCGGCGGAGCAGGGAUAUCCUAAUGAUAUGGGUGUAGAAGAUGAAGAUAUCAUUGCUGACGGUCAAUCAAAAAUCCCAGAACACCAUCCUGCAUUCAUUGUACCCUCACUGACAAGCCAACCUGUGGGCAAACUUUUUGUGGAAAAGAAUAGAAAAUUUCUUGCUGCUGACAGAACUGGUAUUGUUAAAACCACAGAACAAGUUGACGAUUUUUUGGAUGUUAAGCCAACAUGGACCAGCAUGGACGUUUCUCUUACUGUACAUCGUACCUUCAGGGUGAUUGGACUUUUCUGCAGUGGGUUCCUUGCUGGUUACACAUUAUGGAAUAUUGUUUUCAUCUAUGUACUUGCUGGUAGCCAGCUAACUACUCUUCCCAAGCUUCUGGAAAUCUACAAAGACUUGGCAUAUCCAUCCCAGAGCUUGCUGUAUUGUUUGUUGGCCAUCAGCGCAGUUUCUGCCUUUGACAGGAUUGAUCUGGCCAGUAUAUCAAAUGCAUUCCGUGGUCUUAUUGCAUUGGAUCCUUCAGCUGUGGCAUCAUUCUUAUACGUUGUAGCUCUGUUUUUUUCUUUGAGUCAACAAAUGACAAGUGAUCGGAUAAACUUUUACACGCCUCCAACACAGAAUGGCAGCUUGUGGCAAUUGGCUACAGAAGUGCAGAUCCUUCAGCCAUGGAUUGUGAUGAAUCUGGUCGUAACUCUGCUAGUUGGACUUGCCUGGUUGUUUCUGUCUUGCCGCCCAGACCUAGAUCACAGUGAAGAAUCUAUUUUUGUACCAGAAGAGGAAGAUUACCCAGACAUUGAAAAGGGAAUAAAAAUUCAAGCAUGAACAAUAUUUCUACACUACACAGAUGCCUUUCAUAUUUUAUAUAUGCCUUUGUACACCUAUUUUAUAAAUAUUUUUGGUAUUUUUAUACACUUGGAAAAAAAUAAAUUAUUUUUAAAAAAUUUGCAUUGAAAUGGUAAUCUGAAAUCAUGUUUUCAUCAAUGACUUACCGUAAUAUGCAAUAAAGUAUUUACAUUA